AUGUCUGUGGAAUUGGAAUUCGAUUAUGCUGAAGCAACAGCGGCUAUGGAUAAAUUUUCGCAAGAAGAUAUCAAUGAACUGCGUUAUUGGACCCAAGCAUUGGAUAAAUCAAAAUAUGUGCCAAAGGAUUUAACAGACAAGCAAUUAUUGUUAUUUUAUAAUGCAUGUUACGGAGACAUGGACAAAACUAAAGUCUGUAUUGAAAAAUAUUAUAACACCAGAAAGAACGGACCAGAAUUAUUCGAUCAUCGAGUUCUUAAAACAGAAGAAUUAAGAUCUGCAGCAGAAGUUUUGGAAUUCGCCGUGCUUCCAGGCAAGUCAUGUGACGGCUACGACAUCAUAUACCAUCGGCUCCACGACACCGAACCGUCCAAGUACAACCUGGAACAUGGCUGCAAACUCCUAUUCAUGACAGUUGAUUUAUGUUUAACGAAACGUGGUCCUCAACCUGGAUACAUGUUCCUGUUCGAUAUGCGAGGUGUUAAAUUUGGACAUCUUACUCGAGUUAGCUUAUCGACACUCCGUAAAUUCUUCACGUAUGUACAAGAAGCGAUGCCGGUACGCAUGCGAGCUAUACACGUAUUGAACACAGAACCGGUUUUAGACAAGUUAAUGUUACUCAUCAGGCCGUUCAUGGACAAAAAAUUCUACGACAUGCUCAAAUUCCAUAACAAAAAUGAAGAUUUAGAAAAGUUCUACGAAACAGUCGUACCCCGAUCGUCUUUACCUCCUGACUACGGUGGCACACUUCCAGACACGCAGACCCUGCACAAGAAAUGCAUGCAACAACUUCAACUCUUGGAGCCUUACUUCAAAGCUGAAGAAGAGCAGCGGAUCGCGGCUUUACCUGACAAGAAGCGAGAGAAGGCUAUGGAGCGAGCUUUCAAGAACUUGGACAUAGACUAG